AUGCACUUCCACAUCUUCGGACAGAGCAUAUCGCAAAGUCUCUCCCCAGUCAUACACAAUACGGCAUUUGCGGCCCUCGGACUCUCCCAUCACUACGACAUCCGAGACUGUGCAAGGCUCAGCGACGUGGAGCACCUAAUCAUCGACAACGAAUUCGGAGGCGCUAGUGUCACCAUGCCGCACAAACUCAGCGUCGGCCACUAUUGCAAUGACACAUCAGAUGCGGCUAUGAAAAUUGGUGCCAUAAACACCCUUGUUGCGCGCAGGGACGACACCGGAGUUCGAACAAUUUAUGGAGAUAACACCGAUUGGACUGGCUUGUACUCCAUUGUCGUUGGAUAUGCGCCGUUCGCAUCCUCGCAAGCACCUGUCGGACUUGUUAUUGGCGCCGGUGGGGCGGCUAGAGCAGCUGUCUACGCUUUGGUCCAGGCGAGGAUGAAACAAAUUUACGUUUGGAACCGAACGGUCGACAAAGCUCGUAAAAUUGCUAUCGAUUUUCGGGAUAUGUGCAGCGUUACGGCUGUAGCGCACCAAUCGGAAAUCAUAGAGGCCCCUGAUAUUAUCAUCGGCACCAUUCCCGGCGAAGUGCUGCCGCGAUCAGCGUUCGUUGACCUAUUUCGAAAGCCGAAAGGGCUGUGCAUUGAGAUGUCGUACAAGCCGCCGAUCACAAAGUUGCUUUCAGUCGCCAGGGCGCACAGUGAAUGGAUGACGGCCGAUGGACUCGAGGUACUCCUGCAACAAGCGUUUGGACAGUCGGAGCUCUGGACAGGCAGGGAUGCGCCGCAGGAUGUUAUGAGAGCCGCAGUGAAGUUUGCCAUUGGAAAUCAGAGUGUAGAGAACACUGGAAAUGCGCGAAUCUAG